GAGUCUACCAGGAAGAGAUUUUGCGACCUUCUUGGGAUCACCGGUACUUAGGGGCUGAAGAGAGGUGGGAAGAAGCAGAUCCUUAUGUCAAACUGCUGCUUGAUGCGAUGAAGCACUCUGGUUGCGCUGUUAACACAGACAGACACUUUUCUUGUGAAGACUGUCACGGACACGUCAGUGGGGGCUUCGAUGCUUCAACAUCUCAGAUUGUCCUGUGCCAGAAUAACAUCCGCAGCGAGGCCCACAUGAGCAGGGUGGUCACCCACGAGCUCAUCCACGCCUUCGACCACUGUCGCGCUCACGUCCACUGGUUCUCCAACGUCCGCCACUUGGCCUGCUCAGAGGUCCGAGCUGCUAACCUUAGUGGAGACUGUUCACUUGUCAAUGAACUAUUCAGGUUACGUUUCGGAUUAAAACAACACCAUCAGACUUGUGUGCGGGAUAGAGCCAUUCUGUCCAUCCUGGCUGUUAGGAAUAUCAGCAAAGAAGUUGCUCAAAAAGCUGUUGCUGAAGUUUUUGAAUCCUGUUUCAAUGACCUUGAACCUUUUGGAAGAAUCCCACACAACAAGACUUAUGCAAGAUACGCUCAUAGAGACUUUCAAAACCGUGAUCGGUAUUACUCAAAUAUAUGAAGACGGUGGUGUUUUAUCUCACACAGCUUCGGCGAGCAUGAAGAAAAAAAUAAUGGUUUGCAAGUGAAGAAGCAUAUAAAAUGCCAUCAAAUACAGUUAAAACACAGAAGAUGCUGAUUUUAACAUACCCAAAAAAGUAACUGUGGCAAAAAAUGAAACUGCCUUAAUUUCCAAGGCAAAAAUUGUGUCUUUAUAGUUUGCAUUUGGUAAAUAAUAUGAAUAAAUUACAUUUUUGUAUUUUCUGCAGUG